GAUUAGUUUCCAAACCUUCUUCUUCAUUCUGACUUAUGACAUUGUCUGAGGAGUGCACCAUAUCGAAUAAAAUGGAACUACAGGAUUUCACUGCUAAUUACGUGGUCUUGCCCUGGUGGUUCCUUUUAAUAUGUCAGAGCAGGAAUUCUGUUCUAAUUAUCCUUAAUUUCCUAUCAUUUCCAUUUUUUCUAGGAAGAACCAGUGUGAAGGGUAGACAUUGUUGGCCUUUCUUCUUACUUUUUCACCAUUCCUCCCUGAGCAUGCACGCAGUUACAAGAGUGAGGAGUUGGAGCAGUGUCUACUCUUCAUCUUAUGCUUUCUUCCUGGAAAGUUGCAUGCAGAGGCAGAAGACUGUUGAAUAAGCCCCUGUUUCGGCCACACAUCAAAAAUGUCUGCAGAUGUUCCAAGACAAAAAGGGGUAUGGCGACAAACCAGAGCUCUUUUAUACAAGAACUGCCUAGUUAAAUGGAGGACUAAAAAGAGUAGUGUUCAGGAAGUCCUGCUUCCUCUCUUCUUUUUAUUUUGGCUAAUACUAAUGAGCAUGAUGUAUCCAAACAAGAAAUACGAUGAGGUGCCUGAUUCUGAUCUUUAUACUGUGGACCACUUCAGCAUCUCUGAGUUUAUUGUUGGCUACACACCACCGAACGAUGUAGCACGAGAAAUCAUGCACAAAAUGUCUGCAGAAUACUUUACUGAAGGAAUAAUUACGGAAGAAUUUCUAAGUGAGCAAGAAAUGCAAGAGGCUAGUCUCCGUACUCCCCGGAACUUUGUGGGUGUAAUUUUCAAGAAUUCUAUGUCCUACGAGCUCAGAUUUCCUCCUGCAAAGGUCCCAGUGUCUGCUAUUCAUGUGGAAUCAAGAGCUAGUUGUCCAAGCCCUUCCAAGAUAUGUGAAGCUGAAACAUACUGGCGCUAUGGAUUUACAGCUUUACAGAUCUGCAUUGAUGCUGCAAUAAUACAGCUGAAGACUAACAAUUCAGUUCUGGAAGACCUGGAACAAAUAAAAGCUGUCAUGAUGGGAGAGUCUGCCGUUAUGGAAAUAGAUAACUUUCCUCGUGCAAUCAUUUUAAUUUACCUAGUAAUAGCAUUUUCACCAUUUGGUUAUUACUUGGCAAUCCAUAUUGUGGCAGAAAAGGAGAAGAAACUGAAAGAAUUUUUAAUGAUAAUGGGACUUCAUGACACUGCUUUUUGGCUUUCGUGGGUCCUACUGUACACCAGUCUGAUAUUUGUCAUGUCCCUUCUCAUGUCGAUCAUUGCAACAUCCUCUUCGCUGUUUCCCAAAAGUAGCAGCUUUGUGAUAUUUCUCCUUUUUUUCCUGUAUGGAAUCUCCUCCGUUUUCUUUGCAUUUAUGUUGACUCCUCUUUUCAAAAAAUCAAAACAUGUUGGCACAGUUGAAUUUUUAUCAACCUUGGCUUUUGGUUUUGUGGGCCUGUCGAUUGUCCUUUUGGAAGAUUUUCCGAAGUCCUUUGUGUGGUUAUUAAGUCCUCUCUGUCAGUGCACAUUUUUAGUUGGCAUUGCUCAGGUCAUGCAUCUAGAAGAUUAUGAAGAAGGAACUGCUUUUUCAAAUUUAACUCAUGGCCCUUAUCCACUGAUUAUUACUCUUACACUGUUAGCCCUUGAUAGCAUGCUUUAUCUACUCCUAGCAGUUUAUCUGGAUCAAGUUAUUCCAGGGGAACAUGGAUUGAGGCGAAGCUUUUUCUUUUUCCUGAAGCCCUCAUUUUGGUCAAAGCAAACAAGAAAUUAUAAGGAAUUGUAUGAGAACAGUAUUAAUGGGAGCUUAGAAUUCAAUGAGAUCAUUGAACCUGUAUCUUCUGAAUUUCAGGGAAAGGAAGCUAUCAGAAUCAACUGUGUCCAGAAAUCUUUUGUUAAGAAGGGUGAAUCUGUGGAGGCUCUGAAAAGUUUAUCCUUUGACAUAUAUGAAGGUCAGAUCACAGCAUUACUUGGACACAGCGGAACAGGAAAAACAACAUUAAUGAACAUCCUUUGUGGGUUGUGCCCACCUUCUGAUGGGUUUGCAUCCAUCUAUGGAUAUAGAGUUUCUGAAAUUGAUGAAAUGCUAGAUGCAAGAAAGAUAACUGGAGUUUGCCAGCAAUUGGAUAUAUAUUUUGAUGUAUUAACAGUGCAAGAGAAUUUAUCUAUAGUUGCCUCAAUUAAGGGAAUACCUCCCAAUGAUAUGAUACAAGAAGUCCAAAAAGUUUUACUAGAUUUGGAUAUGCAGCCGAUUAAAGAUAACCAAGCAAAAAAACUAAGUGGAGGACAAAAAAGAAAGCUGUCAAUUGGAAUUGCAAUUCUUGGAGAUCCUAAGGUAUUACUCUUAGAUGAACCAACUGCUGGCAUGGAUCCGUGCUCUCGACAUACUGUAUGGAACCUCCUGAAAAACAGAAAGGCCAAUCGAGUGACGGUGUUCAGUACCCAUUUCAUGGACGAAGCAGAUAUUAUCGCUGAUCGGAAGGCUGUGCUAUCCCGAGGAAUGCUGAAGUGUCUUGGGUCCUCUCUCUUCCUUAAGACAAAAUGGGGAAUUGGCUACCGCCUGAGUAUGCACAUAGACAGGUACUGUAACAUAGAAGGUACAGCAUCUUUGAUCGGACAGCAUAUCCCCGGAACCAGUUUAUUAAAACAGACUGAAGAGCAACUUGUAUAUGCCUUACCAUUUAAAGACACAGACAAGUUCUCAGCACUGUUUGCUGAUCUCGACACUCAUUCCCAUUUGGGUGUUAUUUCGUAUGGUGUUUCUAUGACAACUUUGGAGGAUGUGUUCCUCAAGCUAGAAGUUGAAGCAGAAAUUGACCAAGCAGAUUUCAGUGUAUUUAACUCAGAGCAAACUGAAGAGGAAAUGGAUACAAAAUAUGUGGAUGAGUUAGAGCAGAGCCUCCUCAUGCUCUCUGAGGCAAAAUCUUGUGCUGUGAGCAACAGGUCUCUUUGGAAGAAGCAGGCCUUUACUAUGGCAAAGGUUCAUUUCCUUAACUUAAAACGUGAAAUGAAAUCAGUCACAGCAGUGUUCUUGCUAUUCACAGUGUUUCUUGUUAUUCAGAUUUUUAUGUUUCUUAUACAUCAUUACUUCAAAAAUGCUGUGGUUCCUAUCAAACUGUCCCCAGACUUAUACUUUCUUAAACCAAAUGAAACUCAUCACAAGUACAAAACCAGCCUCCUCAUUCAAAACAUGACUGGAUCAGACAUUGAUGACAUCAUGACCUCUCUUAGAAACCAGAAUAUAUUGACAGAGAUGUUCAAUGGCAGUGAAUAUGGAUCAGUUGACUCACCCAGCACAGCAUUAAAUGGCAAUAGUUAUGUAUCAUUUGCUCCACACAAUGCAGCAUUAAAAGUAUCUCAUGAAGACAAGAGCUACAUGUUUACUGCUGCUUUUAACCGUACCAUGGUUCAUUCUUUACCUGUUAUGAUCAAUAUCAUUAGUAACCUGUAUCUGCAUAACUUAAAUGUAACAGAAAGCAUCCAUGUCUGGAGCAACCCUUUCUUCCAAGAAAUUACUGACACGGUUUUUACAUUGGUGCUAUACUUCGAAGCUGUGAUACUAGGAGUGAUUGUUACUGGGAUGCCACCAUAUUUUGCUAUGGAGAAUGCAGAAAAUCACAAGAUCAAAGCCUGUACUCAACUUAAGAUCUCAGGCCUUUAUCCUUCUGCUUACUGGUGUGGACAGGCACUUGUUGACAUUCCUUUAUUUUACAUUAUUCUACUCCUCAUGAUAGGAAGUUUAUUUGUAUUUCACCACGGAGUUUAUUUUUUUCCUGAGAAGUUUCUUGCUGUGGUUUUUUGCCUAAUUGGCUAUGUACCUUCGGUGGUUCUCUUCAAUUAUGUUGUCUCUUUCACCUUUAACACUAUACAAAACACCAAAGAAUUUUGGUCUUUCAUUUUUUCAGUGGCAGCCCUGGUUUGUUCUGUUGUCAUUGAAAUUGCUUUCUUUAUGUGGUACUAUACAGUAGCCGCUGUUCUUCACACUUGUUUUUCUGUCUUCGUGCCAAUCUACCCACUUAUUGGAUGUCUAAUUUCUUUUAUAAAGAUAGCGCGGAAACUUGAUCACAAGAUGGAAAGACACUCAGAAAGAUUGCUGGUUUCUGUAGUAGCGCCUUAUUUGCAGUGUGUAAUUUGGCUCUUCCUUCUGCGCUAUCUUGAGGUGAAGUGUGGAGGCAAAUCAAUGAGACAGGACCCAUUUUUCAGAACUCCUGUGAAACUCAAGCCCUGGAAAUUUCCAGAAGUGCCGCAUGAUGAGGAUGAGGAUGAAGACGUGAUGGCCGAGAGGCUGCGGGUUAAAGAGAUGACAACCUGCCAGAGCUGUGAGGAGAAGCCAGCAAUUUUGGUUAGCAGUUUGUAUAAAGAAUACAAUGAAAAGGCAGAUUUUCUUAUUAGAAGAAACAUUAAAAAAGUGGCAACUAAUCAUGUUUCUCUUUGUGUAAAAAAAGGGGAAAUUCUGGGAGUAUUAGGGCCAAAUGGAGCUGGGAAGAGCACACUGAUUAAUAUUCUUGUGGGAGAAGUUGAACCAACUUCAGGCCAGGUGCUGAUGGGAAAUUAUUCUUUAGGUGAGAAUGAAGAGGAAAAUUCAAUGAGAUUUGUGGGAUACUGUCCACAGGCCAACCCUCUUUGGCCUGAUAUCACAUUGCAGGAACAUUUUGAAAUUUAUGGUGCUAUCAAAGGAAUGAGUGAGAGUGACAUGAAAGAAGUCAUAAAAUGUAUUUCUAGUGCACUUGACUUCAAGGAACAUCUACAGAGCAGAACAAAGAAAGUUGGGGCAGGAGUCAAGCGAAAGUUAUGCUUUGCUUUAUGCAUGCUCGGGAACCCUUCCAUUACUCUGCUAGAUGAGCCAUCUACUGGUAUGGACCCUACAGCAAAGCAGCACAUGUGGAAAGCAAUUAGAGCGGCCUUUAAGAGUAAGCAGCGAGCAGCCAUUCUUACCACGCAUUACAUGGAAGAAGCAGAGGCUGUAUGUGAUCGGGUAGCAAUCUUGGUGUCUGGAAAAUUAAGGUGUAUUGGGACUGUUCAACAUCUCAAGAGUAAAUUUGGCAGAGGAUAUUUCUUAGAAAUGAAAUUAAAGCAUGAGCCAGACACACAGAGGAAGGAGUAUCUUCAAAGGGAGAUUUUGCACAUCUUUCCAAAUGCCACUCCUCAGGAAAGUUUUGCCUCAAUUUUGGCAUAUAAAAUUCCAAAGGAAGAUGUCCAGUCGCUUGCAUUGUCUUUUUCUAAACUGGAGGAAGCAAAACAUGCCUUUAAUAUUGAAGAGUACAGUUUCUCUCAAGCAACACUUGAACAGGUAUUUGUGGAACUUGCCAAAGAGCAAGAAGAGGAAGACAGUUUCGGAACAUUAAACAGCACACUGUGGUGGGAGCGAGCCCAGGGAGAGAGAGUUGUUUUCUGAUCUGUUCCACGUUGUAGAAUUUAACAAUGUCAUUCUUCAGGAUUUUGCAAAUUAAUUGUUUCUGUUAGUUUGGUUUGUAUUCUUCAGAGUGUGUGCACUGACCACUAUGAACUAGAAGCGUAUUCCCAAGCAAUUCAGAGUAUAAACAAUACUGAUUCCCUUUUGUAAAAAUGCAAAAUUACUUCCAUUCACCUUAUUUGCCUUACAUACAUCAACAUCAUAAUUAUCCUUUUAGGAGAAAUUGUUCGGUAGCAGUGACAGAAGUAAGUCAACAUAGGAUUUAUUUGGAGGGUGGGAUGUACAAUUUCCAGAAAGUCAUAUACCGAAGCGCAUCAACAAUACAGUAGUUGACAUCCACAUUAUUAGAACAAGUGGUUAAAUAUCUGAUUCUAAGCCCUUUAUACAUAUUGCAUUUUAUGAAGUUUGAUGUAUUUUUUAUCCUUAAGGUUGUUAUAAGCUUUUGUUUAAAUGUGGAGAAAUGACACCAAUCAUUAUCCAAAACUUACACCCACAUCCCUCAAAUUGCCCUUUGAACUCCUUCAACAGUAGCCCUUUCCUUCGCAGAACUAGCAUGCAUACACUAGUUUGCUAAUAUGUAAUUCAGCCACACAUGCAGGCUUGCAAAACUAGCCAGUAACUUUAAAUAUACAAGACAAAAGACAAGGGCAGGAGGAAAUAGGGAGGGUGACCUACUUUUAUAUUGCCUCACAGAUCUAGGCUAACUUGAAAGAACACUUUGUGGCAUUGGUAAGAAUUUUUUCACUUGAAUAGUAAAAAAAUGCAUUGUACUUGCACUUUAAAUCACUCUGAAUUACUCUAUUGCUUGUCAUUCGACAAAGCCCAGAUAUAUGUCCUUGUAUGUACAGUGUAGCAUCAGGCAACUAUAUUGUUUGUUUUUGAAUGGUAAGUCUAAGUUGUGUCAUUGUUGCAAGUUGCACAGAAGCCUAUACUGCAUGCACAGGUAUAUUUAAAUGGUUUGCACAAAUAAAUACGUUUCACUUUUACAAAUGCAAAUUGUGAAAACCAAAUGAAAAAAAUCUCCUUGUACAUUCCUUACGAAGCACAUAGCAUGUUAAAGCAUUGCAUUAUCUUGGUUAUUUUUUUGUUGAAUUUGAACAUUCAGAAUCAACCCCAUGUUUGGCAAGCUGACUUUUCUGUCUUCAGUUUUCAAGGUCUUUCCUUGACAGUGAAACUGUAGCCUUGUACUUAUCAUUGUUGUGACGAUGAUAACUAUGGCAAAACAAUAAUGAUUCUAUUCCAUUAUCACUGGAAUAAAGAAAAUCUAAUGAAUAAAGGUUUAUGUUUGGCACAGUUGUAUUUGCACGUUAUCAGUUAUGACUUACUUUAAAGAAUAAAGCCUCUAAAAAGGAAAAA